AAUUUUUACAGUUUUAAUACAUUUUUAAUACAUUCAACAACUCGGAAAAAAAUAAGGAAAACGGUUCGGUUAAGUGAAAUAGUGAAAAAAGUGAAGUGCAAGUGUUUCAAGUGGCAAAAAAAAAAAACAUGAAUGAGUUUUGAGUGAGAAUUUUUGAAAGUGAACAAACAGGAUCAAAAAUUAUUCACUCAUUACUUCAAAACUCAUGCCUUAAUGUAUUCGCUGUUGUUGUUGUUUUUGUUCAAUAAUAAUUUUUGUGUUCAUUAAUAAGAAAAACAAAAAAUAAACGAAAACAAAAAAAAAUUGCUUUAAACUAAAAUGCAUUUAAAACAUUUAAAAAUCUUUUGGUUGUUUAUCACCGCCUGUGUUCUACUGCAAAUUGUAACUGCCGCUGCCUCUGAGGCUGAAGAUGCUAAAGUCAAGACAGGCAAACGUGUUAAACGCAUUAAGAAACUAAAAACUCCCAAAAAGCUAGCGGAACGACCACAAGCUGAAGAACCUAAACCGGAAGUAGCAGACUUAGAUGAUUUGGAAAAUUAUGAUUAUAAUAAUUAUGAUGAAGAUGUAGAUACUGGCGCUGAUGUGGAAAAGUAUGAGACACAUGAGGAAGGUACUGUUGAACCUUCAACUCCUCGCAUCCGAGCUGCUGAUAAUGUUAUAGCUGCCUUUUCCUGCCAUUUCGAGGGUAAUUGGUAUCGUGAAAAUGAUGAGUUCACUAGUGAACGUGAUGGUUGUGUUCAUAAUUGUGUGUGCUUUGAGGGUGAAGUAAUUUGUCGGGCUCCAGCCGACUGUAAACCAAAUGUUGGGAUUGAGGAUAGUCAGCUUCCUGAGGAAAUUCCGGUAACUACAGCGAAACCUAUGCCGCCAACUCCAACCCAUCCACAAACACCGGCUUAUAAUCCUUAUGAUGGCGUUGUAAAUGGUCCUAGAGGUGAUCGUGGUUUUACUGGUGCCCAGGGACCUGCUGGUGAACCUGGCUAUCCCGGUUCUCCCGGUAAUCCAGGCAUUCCCGGUAAUCCUGGUCCACCUGGUCCCAUACCUGAUAUGAGUUAUUAUCAUCAACAAUUAGCUGCUGAAUAUGCCAAUACUGAUAAAGGUCCUACCGCUCCUUUAUAUGCUGCUCCUCAAUUUAUACAAGCUACAGCAGGUCAACCUGGCCCUCGUGGUCCCCCUGGUAAUAUGGGUCCUUCUGGUCCUCAAGGCUUUCAAGGUAUACGUGGUGAACCAGGUGAACCUGGUUUACAAGGUCCUCCGGGUCCAGUAGGACCACGUGGUUUACCUGGACCUCCUGGUAAAGAUGGUACGCCGGGUGAAGAUGGUGAGCCAGGUCUUCAAGGUUUAGCUGGUACUCCUGGUCCUCGUGGUUUGCCCGGUCUCCCUGGACAACCUGGUUUAAAGGGUCAUCGCGGUUUUCCCGGUCUAGACGGUGCUAAGGGUGAUCAAGGUGCUCCUGGUGAGAAAGGUUCCACAGGAGGUAUGGGUCCAGUGGGCCCAGUUGGUGCUACUGGUCCUGCUGGUCCCCGCGGUGAACGUGGUCGUGAAGGUGCUGCCGGUCAACCUGGUGCUCGUGGUUUAGAUGGCAAUCCUGGUACUCCUGGCCAACCUGGUGCUAUUGGCAAACCUGGUCCUCCCGGUUUUCCUGGCAUUCCUGGUGCUAAAGGUGAUAUGGGUCAUAUGGGUCCCAAAGGUGAUCAAGGUUUGCAGGGUCCCCGUGGUGAAGCUGGUCGUCCUGGUGCUACUGGUGAAAAUGGUUUGCCUGGUCCCGCCGGUAAAGAUGGUAUGCCUGGUGAUAAAGGUUCUAUGGGUGCUCCUGGUAUGGCUGGUCCUCAAGGUUUUCCCGGUCCUCGUGGUCCCGAUGGUUUGCCUGGUAGUCCUGGAGAGCCUGGUAUUAAGGGUGCUCCCGGUCAACCCGGUGAAAGAGGUUACAAAGGUGAUCAGGGUAUAAAAGGUGAAUCUGGCCAGCCAGGUCCACGCGGUUUACCAGGCACUGUAGGUCCAGAAGGUAAACGCGGUAAACGUGGUAUGCGUGGUCCAACUGGUCCUGCUGGACCAACUGGUGAACGCGGCUCUCCUGGGUUACCUGGUUUGCCAGGUCCUGAUGGUCCCAUUGGUCCCAAGGGUACUCCCGGUGAUAGAGGCAUUCAAGGUCCUGUAGGCGAUAAAGGCAGUCCUGGUGAUAUUGGUCCUCCUGGUGUACCCGGUCUGCAAGGUCUACGUGGUUUACCUGGACGUGUGGGUCCUGCUGGUCGUCAGGGAGCUCCUGGUGAACGUGGUAUCCCAGGUGCUGAUGGCAAACCGGGUGACCAAGGUCCUCAAGGUUUACAGGGUCUACCCGGUCCAAUGGGUAUGCCUGGUGAUAAAGGUAUUCCUGGUGAAAAUGGCAAAACUGGAGAACCCGGUGCUCAGGGACCACCUGGUCCUCGUGGUGAUAAUGGCAAAGAUGGUUUACCGGGUGCCCAGGGUCCACCUGGUCCUUCUGGUCAAGAUGGUGCUAGAGGUGAACCUGGUCCUACUGGUCCUAGAGGUUUCCAAGGUUUACCUGGUGUAGCAGGAAGUCCCGGUGCUCCUGGUAAAGAUGGUGCUCAAGGUCCACCUGGACCACAAGGUCCUUUGGGUCCUGUGGGUUUGAGAGGAGAACGUGGUUAUCCCGGAGAAAGAGGUUCUAUUGGUCAACCCGGUACACCUGGCGAAAGAGGAGAACCUGGCAACCCAGGUCAUGAUGGACCACCGGGCGCUCCAGGUAAACCAGGCGAUAAAGGUCACAUGGGUGCCCCUGGUAUGAUGGGUAUGCCUGGUCAUAAAGGUCUCCCUGGUCCGGCUGGUGUUAAAGGUGAACGUGGUAGUCCUGGUCAAAUGGGCCCUGAAGGUCCUUCGGGUCGUCCUGGUGAUCGUGGUCCUCAAGGUAAUGUUGGUCCUCCUGGCGCUCCUGGUGAAACUGGUGAAAGAGGUGAACCUGGUAAUCCAGGUACUCCCGGUGAACAAGGUGCUAAUGGUGUGCCCGGCGAGAGAGGUCCAAUUGGUCCUGCUGGUCCUCCUGGAUUCCCUGGAGCUCCUGGCUUAGCUGGUCUACCCGGCGCUAAAGGUGAUCGUGGUUUGAUGGGCAUUAAGGGUGAACAAGGCAUUCCUGGUCCUCAUGGUAAUCCUGGCGAACAAGGUUUACCCGGUCCUAUAGGCUUAACUGGACCAAAGGGUGCUCGUGGUGAAACUGGUCUAAGAGGAGAACCCGGCUUAAGUGGUCUACCAGGACGUCCCGGUGAUGCGGGUCCAGUGGGUCAACCUGGUAGCCCCGGUUUACCUGGUGUAGCUGGUCAACCUGGUCUUAAAGGAAACCCAGGAGAAGCAGGACGUCCCGGUAUGCCUGGCAAUCCUGGCUUACAAGGACCUCCCGGAUUAGAAGGACAAAAAGGUGAAACUGGUAGUGAUGGUCCUGCAGGUCCUCCUGGGCCUCAAGGACCUCAAGGUCCUCAUGGUGAUAGAGGUAUGCCGGGAUUACCUGGACCACCAGGUGCUGCUGGCUUAAGAGGUUUGAGAGGUGCACCUGGAGAACCCGGACAACAAGGAAAACCUGGAAAAGAAGGCGCUCCCGGUCCUCAAGGCAUAGCUGGUCCUAGUGGCAAUCCUGGUCCGAUAGGCGAACAAGGUCCCGAGGGUCCUCCCGGCAAAGCAGGUCCUCCUGGUAUUGCUGGACGUCCAGGAGAUAAAGGUCCUCCAGGUCAACAAGGUAAUCAGGGUCCUGCCGGUAAUCCAGGUCUUCCGGGUCCUCCAGGUCCUAUGGGUCCAAUGGGUCCUCUGGGAGAACGUGGUCCUAAGGGUGAGACAGGCUUACCGGGUGUAGAAGGUCCCAUGGGCUUAAGAGGCAAAGCUGGUCCUCCCGGCCCCGAAGGUGUUAAAGGUGAAACCGGUGAACCGGGUCCCAAAGGUAUUAAAGGUCACAGAGGCUUAAUAGGUUUACAAGGUAUGCCUGGUGCACCAGGUCUAAAGGGUGAUACUGGUCUUCCCGGAGUACCAGGAGCUCCAGGAAAACCCGGCGAAAUGGGCAUGAGAGGUCCCCAGGGAAGAGAUGGUAAUCCAGGACCAGCAGGUCAAGCAGGUCCACCCGGCCCCAGAGGUUAUAACGGCAAUGAUGGCAAACCAGGUCCCAUGGGUCCAGCUGGUCCUCCAGGACCGCCAGGUCCACCCGGCGAAACUUUGGGCUAUGAUGUAGCGGCCUUAACAGCCUUACUAAAUCAGGGACAAACCAAGGGUGUAGAUGUUUUAGGCGACCAACCUAUGCUCGAUCAAUUUGGUGAAGGUUUAACCGAUGAAGAGAAACACGCUUUGGUUUUGAAGGCCUACGAGCAUGUAAAGGCCUCUUUCAUACGCUUAACUCGACCAAAUGGCCAACAAUCAGCACCAGCUAAAACUUGCCGUGACCUAUUUGCUGCCUAUCCCGAAUACAAUUCUGGAGAAUAUUGGAUUGAUCCUAAUGAUGGUGAUCCACAAGAUGCUAUUCUAGUGUAUUGUGAAAAGGAAAGACGUGCCACCUGUAUUCGACCUCAACCCAAACAGACUAAGGUAAUUAGCUAUAAAGGAAUGGAAGAGGAGGCGUGGUUAAGCGAGAUGCCAUCAGGCAUGAAAAUCCACUAUAAAACAGAUUCCUAUCAAAUGGGCUUCCUACAAUUGAUGUCAGCCAAGGCCACUCAGCAAAUAACAUUCCAUUGUAAGAACACUGUGGCCUACAAGGACGAGGAGAAGGAUACCUUAAGAAAUGGUUUGAAAUUGUUAUCGUGGAAUGAUGCUGAACUAACAGCCGAUGGCCCUCAACGUUUGCGAUAUGAAGCUGUUGAAGAUGGUUGCAGAAAACGUUCUAAUAGCUGGAAUAAAUCCGUUCUAACCUAUACCACCGAAAAAUCCCAACGUUUGCCGAUUGUCGAUAUAGCGGUACGCGAUGUCCGUGAUGCAAAUCAAGAAUUCCGCAUUGAGUUAGGAGCAGCUUGUUUCUAUUAGAGGCUUUUUAAAAUUUUUGUUUUAAAUAAAACAAAAUACUUAAUUACAUUUUAAUUAAAUUAGUUUAGGAAUGAUAUUUUUACACAAUCUCUCUCAAACUCUUAAUCUCUUUUAAUCGAUUUCUCUCUCUCAGCGAACGACCAAAUAAUAUAACAAAUUUUUUAAAUUAGUUAAUUUUAAAUUAAUAAAUGCUUGUAAAUUUUAAUUUUAAGACAAAAUAUUUUUGGUAUACACAGAGUUAUUUAAGAUUUAAAUUUUUUUAGAUUUAUAGUUAAAAAAUAAGUUAGUUUAUAUUUAGAAAAAAAUAUUAAAUGAACAACAAUAAAGCAACUUUUAAGCAUAAAAA